GCGGCGCAGGCGCGCGGGGGCGAGCACGCGGCCCGUGCAUGCGCCGGGCGCGAGAGGGCCGGGCGAGAGAAGCGCCAUGGCGGCGGCAGCGUGCGGCGGGGAGGCGGCGGCAGCGACGCGGGCCCUUUGCGCUUUCUCCCCCCGCGACCGUCGUUUCUUCGCCAUCUCCGGCUCGGAUGGGCGCCUGCGGGUGUGGGAGACGGCGAACAGCCGCUUGCAGCACGAGUACGUGCCCUCCGCCCACCUCAGCGCUGCCUGUACUUGCCUGGCCUGGGCCCCGCCGGGGGGACGCCCGCCCCCCAGCAAGGAUGGCCCCCAAAGGAAAAAACGGAAGUCUGAAGUUGCAGAAGUGGACAAGCAGUUAGAUGUCCUGGCUAUUGGUACAGCAGUUGGUAGCAUUUUGUUGUACAGCACAGUAAAAGGAGAAUUACAGAGCAAGCUAGAUGGUGGUCAUGACAAUAGAGUAAACUGUGUGAGAUGGCAUCAGGACAACUGCUGCUUGUAUAGCUGUUCAGAGGACAAACACAUUGUGGAAUGGAACACACAGACCUGCAAAGUAAAGUGCAAGUGGAAAGGCGACAAUAGCAGUGUCACCUCUCUAUGCAUCAGUCCAGAUGGGAAAAUGCUGCUGUCAGCCGGUAGAACAAUAAAACUGUGGGACCUGGAGACCAAAGAAGUCUACAGACAUUUCACAGGCCAUGCUACAUCAGUGUCAUCAUUAAUGUUUACCACAGUGAAACCUAUGAAUGAAAAUAAGUCCUUUGAUGGAAUUACAGGGCUUUAUUUCUUGUCUGGAGCUAUACAUGACCGAUUACUGAGUGUAUGGCAGAUCAGAUCAGAUAGGAAAGAAAAGAAUGCGGUGAUGUCUUUCACAGUAACAGAUGAACCAACUUUUAUUGAUCUGACUGUAUCAGAAGUCAAAGAAGAGCCUGUGAAGUUAGCAGUUGUGUGCAGAGAUGGGCAGUUGCAUUUAUUUGAACAUAUCUUAAAUGGUUAUUGCAAAAAACCUCUAACAUCAAACUGUACUAUCCAGAUAGCAACGCCUGGAAAUGAUGGGGACUCCACACCAAAACCAGUCCCUAUUCUAGCAGCUGCGUUUUGCACAGACAAACAGUCUCUGCUGCUUGUGUAUGGAAACACCUUACAGCCCAUCAUAGAGAAAGUGUCUUUGAACACCGCUGAAUCCCACGUAUGUUUGAUAAGGGACAUCCAGAAGGUGUUGUCACUUAAAACAGAUGUUGCUCUAACAAAGGUAAAGACACCUGUUGUGAACUUGGACACCAAAGUUCUAGUGCCUGGCAUUCCAGGGCAUAGUACGGCUGUCAAAACUCCAUCCUCAGGAAAGGAGAAAAAGAAAAACAAGAGGAAACCGGGAGAGACAGAGGAAAGCAUUGAACAGCGCCUAGAGGCAUUGGAUAUUGACGUGAGCAAAGUAAAAACUCCAGGUGGCCUUCCACAAACAGAUAGCUUUGCGGUACUUUUGGUCCAGGGCUUGGAAAGCAACGAUGCAGAAAUUUUAAAUAGAGUGCUUAACACAAGAAAGGAAAAUGUAAUAAAGAACACAGUAGCCAGAAUGCCUAUACAUGCUGUCAUUCCACUGCUGCAUGAGCUUACGAAGAGAUUGCAGGGCAACCCAUACAGUGCCUCACUAAUGGUUCGAUGGCUGAAGUCUGUUUUUACUCUACAUGCAUCCUACCUUUCCACAUUGCCAGACCUUAUUCCUCAACUGGGAAUGCUAUACCAGUUAAUGGAAAGCAGGGUAAAAACUUUGCAUAAGCUUUCCCGUCUGCAUGGAAGACUCUUCAUUCUUGUCACCCAGGUUGCAGCAUCAGAAACAGUUCAGGAUGUAACUGAGGUUAAUCAGACCGCAAAGCUGGUAUAUGAGGAUGAAUCCUCGGAGGAGGAAGGCUCGGAUGAUGAGAUGAUUGCAGAUAAAGACUCUGAUGAAAACUGGGAUGAAGAUGAAGAAAAAGAGGAGCAAUCUGAUGAGCAAGACAUGACUGUUGAAAAGGAAAUCAAUGGUGAUUCUGAUUUGGAACCAGAAAAUGAGAGUGAAGAGGAAUAACAGCACGAAAGAAUAAUUUUAACAGUUUAAACAAGUGGGCCACCAAACUCUAAUUCUGGAUCAUCUUGCUGAAAGAUGCCAUAUUUGCAUAUAGGGAGUGCAGACUCAUGCACGGCCUGUGUGCAGAGGCACAUGUGGGGCACUGUGCAUUUCUGAAUCCAGAAUGUUUAACCAUGCCAGCCUUCUCUCGCCCUAUUUCCCUGCGCUUACUUAUAGAAACAUUUCUUCCACCUCAUGGUCAGAUUAUGCCUGUCAUGUGGACAUGCAUUUGUAUCUCAAGUGAAAUAAAUCUGCCACCGCUGUUUGUGUGGUAAACUUGGUUCAGCUUUACAUUGAAUUUGUUUCAAAUAUUCAAGGAUCAAAGACAACUGGUCUAUACCUUCUUUCCAUGCUUCAGUUAGCAAUAGCAAGUGGGCAUCCUGCUGCAUUUUUAAAAAAAAAAAGAAAUAGAAAAAAGACCAAAAAAAAAGAUAUUUUUGUAAUAUUUAAAUUCUCUACUGAAAUUCUUUUCUUCCCCCCGCAUCCUUCAUUGGUUUAGCCAUGCAUUGGCAAUAUCUAAAUGACAACCUGACUUAAAAAUAGCUUUUUCUUUUUUUAACAGAUUUGAACUCAAGACUUUUAUAUGUACAAAUCAAUGACUUUUCUUGUGCUUCAAAAGGACAUUAGAACUAUCACUGGCUCCUAAUUUUGUUUUAAUGGAGGCUGUAUAUAAGUUUAAUGCUAACCCAGAGGAUAGACUGUGUUGAAUUGGUUGGGGAGAGGGGAGUAACACAGGGAAAUGAGAAGGUGAAUGCUUGUGAAUACGUAGCGCACAGCUAUACCUUUAUUACGGAUUUUUAAUCUCUCAGUGGCAGAACAAGGACAGCUAUUUGCUCAGCUAAUGGAAGCUGAAGUGGUGCAGACAUUUUUAAGAGCAAAACAAGGUAAAGGUUUGAGCCAUUCACCACUAUAUUGUACAAUAAUAUAUUUGUCUAUAAAUGGAGCUGUUGCAACUAAGUACCACCCUCUUUGUAAAGUGAAUAAAUAUACAUCUCCUUUACCAAA